AUGGAGCCCUUCCCGCUGCGCGUGUUCGUGAACCCCCGCCUGCGGGUGCCGUACAGCCGCCUGGUCACUUUCCCCGAGGGCUGCGAGAGCGUCGCCGGCUUCCUGGCCCACGUGCCCCGCUUCCAGGCUGUGCAGAUCUCAGGGCUGGACCCCAGAAGAGAGCAGGUGGUGUGGCAGGCCAGUGGGUGGGCAGCACGCAUCAUCCAGCACGAGAUGGACCACUUGCAGGGCUGCCUGAUCAUUGACAAAAUGGAUAGCAAGACAUUUACAAACAUCCGCUGGAUGGAGGUGAAUGACUAA